AUGUCACUGAUUUUCGUUUUGCUGGUGAUUGUCCCAUUGGCCUUCCCUGCUGAGGGGAUCUCCAAUGGGGGAGAUUUGACUGUCUCAAAUAAGGAUCUGACUGUCUCCAAUGGGGGCACAUGGGGCGAUUGGGGCACGAUGGACAUGUGUCCUAAAAACUACAAGGCAUUUGGCUUCAGUCUGAAGGUGGAAAAAAGUCAGGGAAUAUCAGAUGAUACAGCACUCAAUGGCAUCCGACUUAUCUGCAGACACGUUAAGAACUUCGACGACCAGACAACCAUCACAUCUUCUACAGCAAAAUGGGGAACCUGGACAAAAUCCUUGGAUUGUGGCAGUAAAGGAUACCUCAAGUCCUUCAACCUCCGUGUCCAAUAUUUCCCAAUAAAAAUGAGAGGAGUGAUGGAUGACACGGCUGCCAACAAUAUCAAGUUCCGUUGCACCAACGGCGAUGUGGGAGAGUUGACGGGGUAUGGCAUGACCUGGGGGAGGUGGAGCAUGACGUACAGCAGUACCUGUGCAAAGGGUAUCUGUGGCCUCCAGACCAGGGUGGAAGCAUCACAGGGGUUGCUUGAUGACACGGCUCUCAACGACGUCCGUUUCAGAUGUUGUCAAUGA